UAUUUUCGCCCGCUGACCCUCUGCUGCCGCUCUUCUGUGUUCUUGCUCCCGUCUGCGCGUGCGCACACUGUUCAACCCCUGUCCAGUUCAUUCAGCGGUGUCUGCCCCUCGAUUACAGAUCACCAUGCACAAAAAAGGGUUUCGUAAGGGACCACUCGGAUAUCUCCUUCAGGAGCCAACCGAGGAGGCCGGGCUGAUCAAAGAUGACCCGUCUCUGCAGGACAAGUCGGCACCGAAGAAGGAGGACCUUGUCUUGUUGUGGUCUGUCAGAGAGGGGGUGACGUCUCUGACAAAAGAGAAGUCUUUGGUGAAUACGUUAUGCUUCCUUUAUAAUGGGGCAACUUGUGUCCCAGGGACACGGAUGUACAAACUGCAGCACUACCUCUGGAGCCAGAUGCAGUCAGACCGUCCAAGCCAACGGCACCAGCCUCGCCUGCUCAGAAAACGUGUGCCCCUUCUCAAAGAGCUGAUGUUUCUUGUGCCAGAACAAUCAGCUGCCACACAAACUAAGAGACCGGUUUCAACUGCAGCAGACCGCCGCACCGUAGAAAGCUCUCCAGUGUGCUCUCAAAUUAUUGAGGACUGCGGCAAAGAUGAAAAUCUCUCAUCUUCAGAGACCACUUCAUACAGUGUUCCACAUAGAGCUGAGGCAUCACAUGGAGCUGUUCACCUAUCUAUGUCAUUAAUGAAGUUGUUUUUCUUUGUUUAUUGUCAAGCUUUUAAAAUGUUUUUUUAAUUAUUAUUUUUCUUUCAGACAAAGUCUCGCUAUGGGAACGAUGGCGUCUCUGUCCACUUCUUUCAUCAGCAAGGCCCCGUCAGAUACAUCUACUGUUCCACAAAGGUCUUCAAAGCUCACCAUGCUGAAGGACUAACAAACCCCAGAUUGCUGUUUCAAGACUUUAUGGGAACUUAGUUCUUUCAGAGAAAACUUGCACCCACAAAGCAACAGGUGGAGGAGAAAAGACCUGAAGCUCACCAUCAGCUGAGAAGAUCAUCAGAGUCUCUCUUCCCUCUAUUAUGGACAUUUACUCCACACGCUGCAUCCGCAAAGCAAACAGCAUUGUGGAUGACCCCACGCACACCUCACACACACUAUGAAUUUUUUUGGUUUGAAAGUAAAUCUACUUACUGUUGGACAUCCAUACCAUCCCUAAGCACAACACAUAAAGAACAUUAUUGCCAGAAGUGAACUAUGAAUUUAUCCUUUGCAUGUCCUUUUUUUUUCAAUUUAAUUUUAAGCUAUGUGUAGCAUAUUAUAGAUCAUUUAAAAAGUAUAUAAAAAUCAAAUGUAAAGAUAAAUAUGUUGACAUAAUCUUUGAUGUGUAUGUAAUAAAAAAAAAAGGAGAGCCAUGGUGGCAUGUGAGGUGAGGUGUGUGUGCUUGUGUACACGCUAUGAGGUGCAUCAUGUUCAUAGAGUCUGUUAAUAAACUUCAGUUUGUUAGAACGUGGUGUCGUCCUCAGCUCAGAAAUUCCAGGUGGCCACCUAGUCACAACAAUUUGGCAACGAAGCACCAGGAUGAAAAGAGAGAGAGAUGAUGGCGGUGUUCAGCACAGAAUCAGGCCUGUGUUUUGUAGAGGCUAUGAAGAGCACUUCGCACAAUAAGCCAGCGGAAUCGAAGAAAGCAAACAACACUCAGUUUUUCUGGCUAUGGUAGGUGCAAAGACCAUUUCAUUCCUCACAGAUUUAUUCUCACCAAAAAGACCGUCUGAAACACUACUAGCUGACAUUUUGAAAACGCUCAGAGACUUUUAUGUGCCAAAGAAAUCAUGCUAAUGACUACUACUACUGUUAAAGCAACAGUUGAGGUGAUGCGUAGUAUGUUUGCCAGCUAUAGAUUACCUAAGGUAAUUGUUUCGGAUAAUGGACCUCAAUUUGUAUACCUUUAAGCAGUCAUUGGACAAGCAAAAACAAUUAGGCAUCACACUUCAACAUUGCAUUGACAGAUUUUUUUCUGUUAAAGAAAUACUUCAGUCCCAUCUGAAUUGUUUCUGAAAAGAAAAAUUAGAAGGCGGCUAUCACAGAUACAGCCACAGUUCUCUUGUCAAAUGCAGGAAAAGCAGCAAACACAAAUAAGAAGUUCAGCUCAUGUGAGAGUAUUUUAUCCACAGCAGAAGGUACUUGUGAAGCAGUUCAGGGGCAGGGAAGAGAAGUGGAAGACCAUUAGGUCCAGUUACUUAACUGGUCUGGGAAAGGGCAAGUCCUACAAAAAGCAUGUAGAUCAGUUACAAGCAACAAAAUGAACGAAUACUGAGCAGGAUGUGGAAGCGCCGUCAGACAAAACGUCUGUGACACUUCAGGAACAGGGUUAAGAGCAAGUGAAAAUUCAACAGUGGUAUCAGAAGUAUCUCAAAAGUCUGUUAACAUUAAGCCUUUCUGUGUCAGAAGAGUAUGCCAGAGAUUAAAUCUGUAAAACCCCAAUGAAUCUGGAUAAACAUGCUGUGGAUUUUUU